AUGGAGUGGAUCUACGUCACGGCGAUCAUCCCGGUCAAGGACUAUUGCAUGUACAGCUGCCUCGGCGGCCCACGCCCCUUGACGCUGGGGCAGCUCGUGAACCUCCACAAGGCCGCCACCGUCCCGCUCAUGGUCGGGCUUAUGCACGCGUACGACAACUUUACCAUCUCGGCCUACAUCUACGUUGCCUGUCAUGGCUCGCUCGGGGUUGCGUGGCUCCUCAAAAGCCGGCUCAUGCCCGACCGCCUCUUUGCCGGCCGCAUGACGAUCAUGUCGUCAUUGCUCUGCAUCGGCGUCUUCGGCGGGUACUGGGCCGCGGGGUUUCUCUUGAUUAGCGGCCGCGUCGAGUCGUCGUCGCUCGUGCUGUCCCUUGUGAUUUUUCUGCACACGAUGGGGCUUCUCUGUCUCAUGUGCACCGACACACAAAAGUUUUACCAGCUCAAAGCGCGGCCGGGUCUCAUCACCGAUGGCUGGCUCACGUGGAGCCGCAACACCAACUACCUCGGGACGUUUAGCGUCUACCUCGCCCACGCUAUUUUGGCGCAGCACUGGUUUCCAUACGCGUGGCUCGGGCUCAUGGUCGGCGUCUCGUACCUUUCGAGCAUGAUCGCCAAGGACAUUUCGCUGCGCAAAAAGGACGGCGCGGACCGCUACAUGUCGCAGGCGGGGUUCUUCUUUCCCAACCUAUUUGGCUGGGCACGACACACGCUGUAUGCACCCAUCGUCGUUCAUCCCGACGCUCCUUCAGGGCCAAGCCCCGACGAAGUCGUCGCUUGCAAGCCCCUGGGUCCUACGUAA